AUGAAUCCUCAAGACUCGUCGUCUUCUGCAAAUCUCCCGUCACGCAAGAGGGGUCAAGUCUACAACACGGCCAGCACCGGUCUCGACUUUGUGGCAAAUGUAGCCGAGGCAUCAGAUAUACUUUCUCCUCUCAAGGCUGCCUGUAAAGCCACCAAAUCCAUUCUCGAUGUCCUCCAAACUGUCGAAGACAACCAAGAAGACUGGGAUGAUCUGACACGGCGUCUGGAGGAAUACAUGUUCGCGAUCGACAAUCAAAUCGACUCGUUCGAAAAGUAUCCCGCAGACGAGAGGGUCGUUGACGAGGCAUUCAGGCAACCGCUGAUUCACUAUGUAGAGCUGCUGGAGAGUUUUCAAGAGACAGUGGCGCAUCACAGGCAUAAACGAAGCCGGAGCGCCUUUGCUUCAUUGUCUGGAAUAGGCAAAGUCAAAUUGGAUGCCGGAUUGAUUCGCAAGUUCAAUCGUGAUAUCGAAGAUCGCCACAGGCAGCUACUGGACCAAUUAAGCCUCUUUACUGCAUAUCGUAUUCAAGUGAUCGAGCGGAAGAUCGAGGCCACCAAGGCCAAACUGUACGCGGUCAUGGCCAGCAUGGAGGCCAAUACAGAGGUGACCAAAUCCAAAGUGGAAACAAUCCUUUCCGAUAUCGACACCGCUGCUAUCCUCCAGCUACCCAUGGCCGCGUUUGUCGCGUCCUCGGUCCAUGCUCCCUGUUUGCAAGGAACCCGUCAGGCUGUUCUCGACAAGAUCCGGUAUUGGGCAGUGGAUGACAUGUUGGGAAAGCCGAUAUUUUGGUUAUGCGACAUAGCUGGCUCUGGCAAAUCGUCAGUGGCCAUGUCCGCAGCGGCAUCGUGGCGAGCCGAGGGAACACUGGGGGCCCAGUUCUUCUUCUCGAUGGCCAGCGCCGAAGCAUCGAAUACAGAAAAGCUAUGCUCGACCAUAUCCAGGGAACUCGCACACCAUAUACCCGCUCUUUCGCCACACAUCGCCGACGCUGUGAAGCGAAGUCCAGCCAUCACGCGAAGUUCGCUCGGCGAGCAGUUCAGCACGCUCAUCGCUCGUCCACUCAACCACCUAGAUAAGCGCGUGAUCAUCGUCAUCGACGCCAUCGACGAAUGCAAGUCAGGAUCACAGCGAAGAGAACUUGUGGAGACCCUUGCUAAGGGUGUUCGAGAGAGCAAGAAUCUCAAGAUCUUCAUGACGAGUCGACCGGAUCCUGUCAUCGAAGCAGUCCUGAAAGAGCUUUCGAUCAAAGAAAAGCUAGAAGACCGGCUGCACGAUCCCAACCAUUCGGAUAAUAUCGACGACAUUGGGGUCUAUGUCCAUCAGUCGUUGUAUCGACUUCUCUCCCAGGAUAGGAGGCAACGAUUGGUCGAAAAGGCCAACGGACUGUUCAUCUGGGCGAGCACUGCAUGCCGAAUGCUCACGAGCGAAACCAGCUGGAGCUCGCCCAAUGACACAUAUGACCAUCUGAUUUCUAUGGAUCAACCAGGGGCCAUAGACGACGUAUACCGCCUCGUCUUUGAGCGCACAGACCCCACCUACUACACGGUGAUGUGUGCGACGCUGGCGCUGCUGCUCGCUGCAUAUGAGCCACUGACUGUCGAUGACCUGGACGAUCUGCUGAAGCAUGCGAGAGUGCGGGGAACUUCUAAGGCGUUGUUGCAGAAUCUAGGAAGCGUCCUCAGCGUGGAUGUGAAUUCGCAUCUGAUCCAAUUUCGGCACCCUACGUUCGUGGAGUACUUGCGACGCUGCACCAUUGCUCCAGCCACCGAUAACGGUGAUAGAAUGUAUCUCAAUCUCGCCAAUGCACACGGUCAAGCCGCAUCAUGGUGUUUCAGAAACCUCAAAUCGCGAACAGAAGGUCUCAAGUUCAACAUAUGUCAAAUCGAGUCAUCUUUCCUCCUUAACAGACAGAUCCCCGACCUGGACUUCAGGGUGUCCAAGUUCAUUCCAAGGAGACUUCGAUAUGCCAGCUCGCACUGGCUGUUCCAUUUGGCCGGGACAGAUGACAACUGGCAACGUACACUCAAGAAAGAACUGGAACAGAUUAUAGAGGGGUCAUAUGUUCUAUACUGGGCGGAGGUUCUGAGCCUGAUUGGAGGAGUGCCACGGGCGAUAGCAGGACUUCGAGCUAUCACACACCACCUUGGAAUUGAAAAGGAGAAUAAGGGCAGGAUGACGGAGAUUCGACGAUUUCUAAUGGCAUUUUCGGUGCCGAUCCAGGACAGUGCUACACACAUAUACGUCUCGGCACUUGCAUUCACUCCCAGGAAGUCAAUGCUGCAUAAGGAGAGGGUAAGAAGAUACGGAAGUACUCUGAGGGUGAUCCGGGGGGUAGAAGAGACAUAUCCGGACCUCCCCAGAACUCUCCGAGGUCAUGAAGAUCAGGUGAACGCCGUCGGAACCUCGCCAGAUGGGUCACGAAUUGUCUCUGGCUCGGAUGACUGGACGAUUCGACUGUGGGACGCAGACACUGGUCAGCCAUUGGGAGAGCCACUUCGAGGUCACGAAGGACCUGUCCGGGCCGUCGGAUUCUCGCCAGACGGCUCACGAAUCGUCUCUGGCUCGGAUGACAAGACGAUUCGACUGUGGGACGCAGACACUGGUCAGCCAUUGGGAGAGCCACUUCGAGGUCACGAAGAUUGGGUCCGGGCCGUCGGAUUCUCGCCAGACGGCUCACGAAUCGUCUCUGGCUCGGAUGACAAGACGAUUCGACUGUGGGACGCAGACACUGGUCAGCCAUUGGGAGAGCCACUUCGAGGUCACGAAAGUUGGGUCUGGGCCGUCGGAUUCUCGCCAGACGGCUCACGAAUCGUCUCUGGCUCGGAUGACAAGACGAUUCGACUGUGGGACGCAGACACUGGUCAGCCAUUGGGAGAGCCACUUCGAGGUCACGAAGGAGGGGUCUGGGCCGUCGGAUUCUCGCCAGACGGCUCACGAAUCGUCUCUGGCUCUUCUGACAAGACGAUUCGACUGUGGGACGCAGACACUGGUCAGCCAUUGGGAGAGCCACUUCGAGGUCACGAAGGAGGGGUCUGGGCCGUCGGAUUCUCGCCAGACGGCUCACGAAUCGUCUCUGGCUCUUCUGACAAGACGAUUCGACUGUGGGACGCAGACACUGGUCAGCCAUUGGGAGAGCCACUUCGAGACGGCUCACGAAUCGUCUCUGGCUCGGAUGACAAGACGAUUCGACUGUGGGACGCAGACACUGGUCAGCCAUUGGGAGAGCCACUUCGAGACGGCUCACGAAUCGUCUCUGGCUCUUUUGACAAGACGAUUCGACUGUGGGACGCAGACACUGGUCAGCCAUUGGGAGAGCCACUUCGAGGUCACGAAGGAGGGGUCUGGGCCGUCGGAUUCUCGCCAGACGGCUCACGAAUCGUCUCUGGCUCGGAUGACAAGACGAUUCGACUGUGGGACGCAGACACUGGUCAGCCAUUGGGAGAGCCACUUCGAGGUCACGAAGGAGGGGUCUGGGCCGUCGGAUUCUCGCCAGACGGCUCACGAAUCGUCUCUGGCUCUUCUGACAAGACGAUUCGACUGUGGGACGCAGACACUGGUCAGCCAUUGGGAGAGCCACUUCGAGGUCACGAAGGAGGGGUCUGGGCCGUCGGAUUCUCGCCAGACGGCUCACGAAUCGUCUCUGGCUCUUCUGACAAGACGAUUCGACUGUGGGACGCAGACACUGGUCAGCCAUUGGGAGAGCCACUUCGAGGUCACGAAAGUUGGGUCUGGGCCGUCGGAUUCUCGCCAGACGGCUCACGAAUCGUCUCUGGCUCGGAUGACAAGACGAUUCGACUGUGGGACGCAGACACUGGUCAGCCAUUGGGAGAGCCACUUCGAGGUCACGAAGGAGGGGUCUGGGCCGUCGGAUUCUCGCCAGACGGCUCACGAAUCGUCUCUGGCUCGGAUGACAAGACGAUUCGACUGUGGGACGCAGAUACUGGUCAACUGUUGGGAGAGGCACCUCCAGAUCAACUAAAAGACGGAAUCAAUGUGGCUACAAUAUCCCCAGAUGGCUCCCAGAGGGUCUCUGGCUUACAUGACGGAACAGUUAGGGUAUGGGAUAUGCAUACUGGUGCAGGUGCACAUAGCCUACAAAUCCAGAUACCCGGGUUCACGCAGUGCUCACUGUUGCACGAUGGCUGGGUGCAAUCAUCUGGCAACUUUCUCUUCUGGGUACCCCCGGAAAAUCGUUAUGGACUACGAAAUCAAGAUCUUCGUCUGACUAUGCCUACGUCGAGUCCAACCCGUGCAACCAAACUCGAUUUCACGAAUUUCCAAUGUGGUCUCUCAUGGACUAACGUUCGAAGGAAUAUCAACCAGUGA